GUGGCACUGCGCGCGGCCCCUGAUCGCCCCCUCCCGCCCAGCCCUCCAGGCCCCGCAAAGGGGCUGCAAACCCGCGCGCCCUGCAGCGAGCCGCUCCUCCGGCCCCGGCUCUUCCCUUUGUCCACGGGGCCGAGCGAGCUGAGCUGCUUGCGGGGCGCCUUGCUUUGGCUUUGCAAGCUGCGGGUGCGGAGCCCCCCGCGCUGCUAUUGCAACUGCUGCUGCUGCUGCUGCUGCUGCUACUGGCCGCCGGCUCCCGCGCUCUGUGGCGAUGCCGGACCAGAUCUCCGUGUCGGAAUUCGUGGCCGAGACCCAUGAGGACUACAAGGCGCCCACGGCCUCGAGCUUCACCACCCGCACGGCGCAGUGUCGGAACACCGUGGCGGCCAUCGAGGAGGCUUUGGACGUGGAUCGGAUGGUUCUUUACAAAAUGAAGAAAUCCGUGAAAGCAAUAAAUAUCUCUGGGCUGGCUCAUGUGGAAAAUGAAGAGCAAUAUACCCAGGCUCUGGAGAAGUUUGGUGGCAACUGUGUGUGCAGAGAUGACCCCGACUUGGGAAGUGCAUUCCUGAAGUUCUCAGUGUUUACCAAGGAGUUGACAGCACUGUUCAAAAACUUGAUUCAGAACAUGAACAACAUCAUCUCCUUCCCGCUGGACAGUUUGCUGAAGGGGGACCUGAAAGGCGUGAAAGGGGAUCUGAAAAAACCUUUUGAUAAAGCUUGGAAGGACUAUGAAACAAAAAUAACCAAAAUAGAAAAGGAGAAAAAGGAACAUGCCAAGCUCCACGGGAUGAUUCGCACCGAAAUCAGUGGGGCUGAAAUAGCUGAAGAGAUGGAAAAGGAGCGGCGGUUCUUCCAGCUGCAGAUGUGCGAGUACCUGCUGAAAGUCAAUGAAAUAAAGAUUAAAAAGGGAGUGGAUUUACUUCAGAACCUGAUCAAAUAUUUUCACGCUCAAUGCAAUUUUUUCCAGGAUGGACUGAAAGCAGUUGAAAGCCUCAAGCCGUCCAUUGAAACUCUUUCAACAGAUCUUCACACAAUUAAACAGGCCCAAGAUGAAGAAAGAAGGCAGCUGAUACAGCUUCGCGAUAUUCUGAAAUCAGCAUUACAGGUUGAACAGAAAGAGGAUUCACAAAUUCGCCAGAGUACAGCCUAUAGUUUACAUCAACCUCAGGGAAAUAAGGAACAUGGAACUGAACGAAAUGGGAACCUCUACAAGAAAAGUGACGGGAUCCGAAAAGUGUGGCAGAAAAGGAAAUGUUCGGUUAAAAACGGCUUUCUGACCAUUUCCCAUGGUACUGCUAACCGCCCUCCUGCAAAGCUCAACCUUCUAACCUGCCAAGUGAAGACCAACCCCGAGGAGAAGAAGUGCUUCGACCUUAUUUCUCAUGACAGGACAUAUCACUUCCAAGCAGAGGAUGAACAAGAGUGUCAAAUAUGGAUGUCGGUGCUGCAGAACAGCAAAGAAGAAGCUCUGAACAAUGCAUUUAAGGGAGAUGACAAUACCGGAGAAAAUAACAUUGUGCAAGAACUCACCAAAGAGAUCAUCUCUGAAGUGCAGCGGAUGACUGGCAAUGACGUGUGUUGCGACUGCGGCGCUGCAGAUCCAACCUGGCUUUCCACCAAUCUGGGUAUUCUGACUUGUAUUGAGUGUUCUGGAAUCCACCGGGAGCUGGGCGUUCACUACUCCAGGAUGCAGUCCCUGACGCUAGAUGUGUUAGGAACAUCUGAACUGCUGCUUGCCAAGAAUAUUGGGAAUGCAGGCUUCAAUGAGAUUAUGGAGUGUUGCCUUCCAGCAGAGGACUUGGUCAAACCCCACCCAGGCAGCGACAUGAAUGCAAGAAAGGACUACAUCACUGCCAAGUACAUCGAGAGGAAGUACGCAAGGAAAAAACAUGGGGACAACUCAGCCAAACUACACAGUCUUUGUGAGGCCGUCAAGACAAGAGAUAUUUUCGGAUUGCUCCAAGCAUAUGCAGAUGGUGUGGACCUUACAGAGAAAAUCCCCCUUGCCAAUGGACAUGAGCCGGAUGAAACAGCUCUCCAUCUCGCAGUUAGAUCUGUGGACCGCACUUCCCUACAUAUCGUGGACUUUUUAGUCCAGAACAGUGGGAAUCUGGACAAGCAGACGGGGAAAGGCAGCACUGCACUGCACUACUGCUGCCUGACAGACAACGCUGAGUGCCUGAAGCUGCUGCUGCGGGGAAAGGCCUCCAUCGAGAUAGCUAAUGAGUCAGGAGAGACGCCGCUGGACAUUGCCAAGCGCCUCAGACAUGAGCACUGUGAGGAGCUGCUGACGCAAGCCUUGUCUGGAAGGUUUAACUCUCACGUUCACGUUGAAUAUGAAUGGAGACUGCUCCACGAAGACUUGGAUGAAAGUGAUGACGACAUGGAUGAGAAAUUACAGCCCAGUCCCAGUCGUCGAGAGGACCGGCCCGUCAGUUUCUACCAGCUGGGCUCCAACCAGCUACAGUCCAACUCUGCGUCUCUGGCCCGAGAUGCCUCCAGCCUAGCCAAGGACAAGCAGAGGAGCUUCGUGCCCAGCAUCCUGCAGAACGAGACCUACGGAGCCAUCCUGAGUGGAAGCCCACCAGCCAGCCAGCCUGCCCCCACUAGCACUGCCAGCGCCCCCCCACUGCCCCCGAGGAACGUUGCCAAAGCUCAGCCCGCCACCUCCGCUAACGCCACGUGGAAGACAAACUCUGUAAGUGUGGACGGUGUCAGCAGGCAGCGAUCUUCGUCAGAUCCGCCAGCUGUCCAUCCACCGCUGCCCCCUCACCGCGUGACAUCGACCAAUCCCCUGGCUCCCACACAACCCCCUCCUGGAGCAAAGAUGUCCAAUGUGAUGGAUGUCCUGAACCAGCAAAGCAAAUCGGCCCUGCCCGGGACUCUGCCUAGCAAGACUGCCGCCCCACCUCUGCCUCCACAGCCACCCAGCCGACCCCCUCAGAAACGGCCUGCUCUCGGGACCGACAAGUCCACCUCCCUGACCAACAAAGGCCAGCCCAGAGGACCUGCAGCUGAUCCCUGUGGAACAGAAACUCCGGGUCCCCUGUCUGGCACGACGGUCAUGCAGCCCCCAGCGCCCAUGCCCCGGAAGUCACAGGCGACCAAGUUGAAGCCCAAGCGUGUGAAAGCCCUAUACAACUGUGUGGCCGACAACCCGGAUGAGCUGACCUUCUCGGAGGGGGACGUGAUCAUCGUGGAUGGGGAGGAGGACCAGGAGUGGUGGAUCGGCCAUCUAGAUGGGGAUCCCAGUCGCAAAGGAGCAUUUCCUGUAUCAUUUGUGCACUUUAUUGCUGACUAAAUUGCUCCUGAACAAAAACACUGCUGUCGAUCAUUAUGUUCCUGUUUCAUUGUUGGUACAGAAACUCUUGCCAGAUACCCAGUUUCUUGAGUUGUCCUAUACAUUGUCCCACUUUCUCUGAUGCUACUGUUGUGGGUUGUUGUUUUGGUUUGGGUUUUUUUAUUUGGGUUUUUUUUUUU